AUGGAUAAAGCAUUGAUUUCCCACCAGGAAGGAGACCAGCUAUACGACGAACUGUGCCAUGCGUUCUUUGUCCGCUCAAACAAUGGGAAGCUCCAUUUGGCGCCCGUUGAGCGUCCGAAAUGCGUCCUCGACCUGGGCUGCGGCGCUGGCGUAUGGGCAACGGAGUUCGGUGAGAGACUCUCCGAUCGUGAAAUCCUGUGGACGUGGGCGCUGAAGACAGGCAAUUGCAGCCAAGGCGUAUCCUUCAUGUCAGGUCCUGAUGUCCCUAAUUGUCAAUUUAUUGCGGCCGACAUCCAAAACGAGUGGACCUGGCUUGCCCAACAUAAGGUCGAUUUCAUCCACAUCCGUGGCUUGGUGGGUUUUAUCCACAGCUGGCCCGACCUGCUGCGUCGGGUACACGCGAGCCUUGCGCCAGGGGGAUGGCUCGAGAUCGCCGACCUGGGGCCCCAUACACUCAGCGACGACGGAUCGUUGAGUCAAGCGCAGGGUCUCCUGCAAUUUGACAAGCUGUCGGACAAAAUGCUGGGAACUAUGGGCCAACAGGUGGGAUUGGUCACGCGUCUCGGGGACAUGAUGGAGACGGCCGGGUUCCAGGAUGUCUCGGAGUCGACUCGCAAAACCCCAUUGUCUGACUGGUCGGACGAUGUCGAAAUGAGACAGAUGGCGUCCACGUCGGCUGCGCUGCACGAGAUGGACUUCCGGAUGAUUGCUAGCAGAGGAUUACAGCCGGUUCUCAACCUAUCCUCGGAGAAGGUUGAACAUGUGCUUUCGGAUGCGCUACAUGAUAUGCACAACAAGCGUAUCCAUGCCUAUAAGCUACGGUAUACGUUUACGGGGUGCAAGCGGGAUUGA